AUGGCCGGUAGGAAAUCCAAAUCAUCUGGUCUAUUACCUCCCACCAGAACCCUCGUCCUCGAUAACGGCGGCUACACUCUCAAAGCCGGAUUCGUGACCGACGACGACGACGGCGACGUCACCACGGACCAGAACCCGCGCGUCAUCCCCAAUUGCAUCGCCCGAGAUCGCCUCAAGAAGCUCUACGUCGCCUCGGAUCUCGACUCGUGUGCCGACUUUGGCGAGACCCAGUUCCGCCGUCCCGUCGAGAAGGGCUACAUCGUCAAUUGGGAGGCCCAGAAGGAAAUCUGGGACCAUGAAUUCAUCCGCGAGAACGCCCCGCAGAAAUGCGACCCUUCAGAGACGAGGCUGCUCCUCGCCGAGCAGCCCAACUCUCUCCCUGUGCUGCAGACCAAUUGCGACCAGAUAGUCUUUGAGGAGUAUGGCUUUGCUAGCUACUGCCGUGCAAUAGGCUCCACAUUUAAUGCCUACCAUGACAUCCAAGGCCUCCUUCAGACCCCCCGAGAUCCCGACACCGACACUACCCCCAAGGUCCCCGCAGAGAUCGUUCUCGUCAUCGAUUCUGGCUACUCCCAGACCACCGUCAUGCCGCUCCUCCACGGCCGCCCCCUCCACUCCGCCGUCCGCCGCCUCGAAGUCGGCGGCAAGCUCAUGACCAACUACCUUACCCGUCUGCUGUCCCUCCGACACUACGACAUGCGCAACGACGUCUACAUCGUCAACGAGAUCAAAGAGAAGGCGUGCUACGUCUCCCUCGACUUCGCCAGCGAUCUCGAGCAGACCUGGAAAGGCACGCGCGGCGAACAGCGGGAAGCCUACCGGACCGGCGGCGGCAUCGCCAAAGACUACGUCCUGCCCGACUUCCACACCCGCUCCCAAGGCAUCGUCCGGGACUACGACCCCGCCGCCCAUAAAAAGUCGAGAAAACUGGGACCGCACUCGGCUGCCGCCCACCCUGUCUACUCCGCCGCCGCCGCCGCCGCCGCCGAGGCCCACCACGAGGACCUCCUCACGCUACGCAACGAGCGCUUCACCGUGCCCGAGCUCCUCUUCAACCCCUUUGACAUUGGUCUCCGCCAGCCGGGCCUCGCCGACCUCGUCAUGCAGUCCCUCGACGAGCUGCCCAUCGGCCUGUGGCCGGGCUUGCUGGCCAACAUUGUCGUCGUGGGCGGCAACGCCUCCUUCCAGGGCUUCAUCGAACGGCUGGAGAAGGAACUGGUGAAGAGGGUUCCCGACGAUUGCAUUGUUCGCGUCGCGCGCCCUGCUGAUCCCGUCACGAGCACCUGGCUGGGGGGCGCCAAGCUCGCCCGGCACCCUGACCUUGACCGGCAGUGUGUGACCAAGCAGGAGUACGACGAGUAUGGAGCACACUGGGUCGCACACAAGUUUGCGUCCGGUCUCCCCAUCGAAUGA